GCCGACAACCUAUGUAGUCGGUUUUAGCGUGGGUAAUCGGCCUAAGAGCUAUGACAAUAUUCGCCAUGUGCUCUAGCGAUACGCGCGUACGCAAGCUUCGUUAGACAUUGAUAGAGAUUGCGAACACAUGACAGAAAGUCAUAUACAUUGUUCUCGUGACGUGAAUGUGAUGUGUAUGUGAUUAAAACCACAAUGUAAAUUAAUGCUGAUUGACUAUUGUGUUCGAUAUUGAGCAGUGAUAAAUCGAAUAAAAAAUUAGGUGCAAAGGAAAAUUUUAUAAGGAAACUUUAUAAAGGUUUUUUAUUAUAAUAAAAAAAAAUGGACGAAAUGAAUCAAGUGCAGGCGCAUAAUUUGCUAGGCCUGAAAACUCAGACACCGAAGAGGAAAGACAAUGCUCUAACACGAACAUUACGAUCAUGUUGCUUUAUACCACAGCGUUAUAUUCUGGGAGUGAUGGGACUCCUUGGUGUAUGCAAUGCGUAUACGAUGAGAGUAUGCCUUAAUUUAGCAAUAACACAAAUGGUAAAUCGAACGAAAAAUGGAAUGGAACACUUUGACCCGAAUGCCUGUCCUAAUGACGAGGAAAUUGGCGGAAAUGCAACAACUAUUCUUCGACCAUACGCAACAUUUGACUGGGAUGAGAAAACGCAAGGACUAAUCCUGAGCGGGUUCUACUAUGGAUAUGCGGCUACUCAAGUACCUGGAGGUUAUUUGGCUGAAAAAUUCGGAGGCAAAUGGACCCUGGGAAUCGGUCUACUUAGCACUGCUCUCUUCACAUUCCUUACGCCAAUCGUCAUUAGAGCAGGGGGUGCUUCUUGGCUCUUUAUUCUGCGAGUUCUUCAAGGAAUGGGAGAGGGUCCAACGAUGCCAGCUCUCAUGAUAAUGUUGGCAAGAUGGGUACCACCACAUGAAAGGUCUUUCCAAGGCGCGUUGGUGUUUGGUGGAGCUCAAAUAGGAAAUAUUUUCGGGUCUUUUAUGUCUGGAGUUCUAUUAUCCGAUGGUAGAGACUGGGCGUACGUAUUUUAUUUCUUUGGUGGAUUCGGCCUUUUGUGGUUUACAUUGUGGAGUCUUCUGUGCUACAGUACACCAAAUACUCAUCCCUAUAUAUCGAAAAAAGAACUGAACUAUUUAAACAAAAAUGUCACGACUGCGGAAAAUAGUACAACAAAGGAUCCUGUACCUUGGAAAGGAAUAUUGAGAUCGGCUUCAGUAUGGGCGCUUGUGUUUGCCGCUGUUGGUCACGACUGGGGAUACUAUACAAUGGUGACAGAUUUACCGAAGUACUCCCACGAUGUUCUCAAAUUCAAUAUCGCAACAACGGGUACCCUCACCGCGCUACCUUAUAUAGCGAUGUGGGUAUCUUCUUUCCUCUUCGGGUUCGUUUGUGAUCUUUGCAUCAAGAAAGGAUGGCAUACGAUUAAAACUGGAAGGAUCAUUCAUACUACUAUAGCCGCGACUGGACCCGCAAUUUGUAUUAUCUUAGCGUCCUACGCCGGAUGCGACCGAGUCGCUGCAAUGGUUUAUUUCAUUCUAUCUAUGGCUCUCAUGGGAGGAUUUUACAGUGGAAUGAAGGUGAACGCGUUGGAUCUCGCGCCGAAUUAUGCCGGUUCGCUCACAUCGCUCGUUAAUACGACAUCUACCUUCGCUGGAAUUGUGACACCGUACCUUAUUGGGUUAUUGACACCUGACUCAACUCUGGUACAAUGGCGUGUAGCAUUCUGGGUAUGCUUCGCGGUACUCGUGGGAACAAACGUGGUCUACUGUAUCUGGGCAGACGGUGAACAACAAUGGUGGGAUGACGUCCGUAAAUUCGGCUAUCCACAGGGCUGGAAACAUGGACCCCUCAUACCUGACGAGCCGGAACAGCCUGAGUCAGUUAGACUGUCAAGUAAAAAGGCUACCGAUGAUGCGUUUUAGACGUGAAGACUUAUAGUACCACUGACAUAUCAUAGUUAUUUUAUUGUCUAAUAAUUUUUAAGAACAACCAUCUAUAGAUGC